CUUCUUUCUUUUACAGCCCCAGUCAAGGACUCUGUUGUGAGCAGAAUUGUGCCCUUAAACCUCUGGGACAACGGUGCCAGGAGGAGAGCGAAUGUGCCUUGGGAAGCCUCUGCACGGGAUCGAAUCCCACAUGUCCAGAGCCCCGACCGAAAGCCAACCUCAUCCCCUGCGGCCUCGGCCUCCGCCUGUGUUCAAACGGGCUCUGCGAAGGGUCCCUCUGCAUCCAGCAUGGGUUGGAGGAAUGCCAGUGUGUCUCUAGUCCUCUGCGAGGAAGAUGCCGUCUCUGCUGCCAGCUGCCAGGACAAGCUGCAACCUGUGUCAGCACUUCCUCCAAGAUCUGGGACCCUUUCUUCAACGGUUCGGACAUCCCGCUCCUGCCGGGCUCACCGUGCGGCGACAAGAACGGCUACUGUGACAAAUUCCACAUCUGCCGGUUUGUAGACGAGGAUGGUCCCAUUGCCAGGGUGAAAAACUUCAUCCUGGACUUCAUCGAAAUGGACGACCUGGCCACCUGGAUGCAGACACAUUGGUGUGCUAUCCUUCUCGUGGUUUUGACCUUAGCAGCCAUGAUGGCUGGCACAGUCUUCCUCUUUGGAAGGACAGUUAGCAAUGAAUCAGCAGAUGAAAACUUCACCAGGAUCUCUCGUGAGGCAGGAGCUGUGGAACAUCAGGGGAAGAAACGACAGACUUCCUUUAAUUGGGAAGAGGAGAUUUAUAUCAAAACGCACCGGAAGAGGCCAUGCUCUAGCUCUGGGGAGCUUUGCUAAGCUUCGGGCAAGCCGCCUCUGCCCCAACGCACACUUGUGGUUGCAGCACGGAUAACACCAGCAUCCCGCAAUCCAUCACACCAAAGGGCACGCAAAAAAUACGGAGAUUUUCUUACUGAUGUGACCCCUCUAAU